AAUACCAAUUGUUACCGAAAAGUUGAAACUGUAGUUGACGACGUGAAAACGUCACCAAAGAAAACAAAAUCUAAAAAAUCACCACCGCACACACCUGAAGUGAAUACUUUGUCAGUCCCUGAGAAGAAAAUUGAGACUAUGGAAGAAAUAACUGUUCAAGAAACAACAAUUAAAUCUGCCGUGGAUGUUGUUAAAACUAAAUCAAAGUCUAAAAAGAAACCAGACAAAGCUGUUAUUAUUCCAGACGUGCCAAAGCCAAUUGAUGUAAUUCAACAAUUCAUCACCGAAGAGAAACAGCAACUUCCACCUUUACCUGAACCUGUUAAACAGGACAAGAAAAAUAAAAACAAGAAAGAAAAAUCAAAGAAAUCACCACCUACAACACCUGAAGUACCUAAAAUUGAAGAAGUAUUUACUGUCACUACAGAAGUAACAGACCUUCCUAAAGAGGUUACCACAGUUUUAGAAGUUCCACCAAAAGUUCAAGAUUCACCAAAAGAGUUGGAAAAGGUGGUCUACAAAGGUUUACCUAUUGAUGAUAGUACCUCAUUGUUUGAGAGUGUUCUGGAUGAACCAAUGGUGUUCUCGGAUGAAGAAGAUUUAAAACCGAAAUUAGAAGAAAUUAAAGUAGAUGCGCCAGUUUCAGAACCAGUAAAACCAGAGAAAAAAUCUAAGAAGUCACGUAAAGCUGAACCAAAACAUGAAACACCACAAGUUGAACAAAUACAACAAAUUGAAGAAACUGUUAUUAGCGCAGAAGUAGUUACAGAAACUAAAGUUGAACCAACGAUUGAAAAAGCAGAACCAGAAAAAGUAGCUUAUAAGGGUUUGCCAAUUGAUGAUAGUACAUCUUUGUUUGAGAGUGUUCUCGAUGAACCAAUGGUGUUCUCGGAUGAAGAAGAUUUAAAACCGAAAUUAGAAGAAAUUAAAGUAGCUACACCAGUUUCAGAACCAGUAAAACCAGAGAAAAAAUCUAAGAAGUCACGUAAAGCUGAACCAAAACAUGAAACACCACAAGUUGAACAAAUACAACAAAUUGAAGAAACUGUUAUUAGGGCAGAAGUAGUUACAGAAACUAAAGUUGAACCAAAAGUUGAAAAAACAGAACCAGACAAAAUUGCUUAUAAAGGUUUGCCAAUUGAUGACAGCACAUCUUUGUUUGAAAGUGUCCUAGACGAACCAAUGGUUUUCUCUGAUGAAGAAAUAAAAGCAGUAGAACAAGAAGUAAAGGUAGAAACGGAAGACAAGAAAAAGAAAAAGAAGCCAAAGAAAUCACCAUCACCCAGUACCGAAUCUAUUGAAGCUGUUGGUGAAAAAGUAAUACCUUCAAAUGAUAAUCUUGAAGACAAGCAACCAAUUGAAACAUCUAGCUCUCCAUUGGUCACUGAAAUACAAGACUUUAUUGCACAAGAACAGAAGCAACUACCACCGGAAUCUACCCAACCUGCAAUUGAGAAAACUAAAUCCAAAAAGAAAAAAGGUAAAAAAUCAGACGAAGAUAAAAUUUCUUUGGUAGAAACUUUAGAAACUACCAGCACCGUUACAAUAACAGAACCAAUAAUUGAAACUGUGACUACUGUAACUACUGUCACUAAAAUAGAACCUGUCGUUGAAGUUGUAGAAAAAGUUUCAUACAAAGGACUACCGAUAGAUGCAACUACAAGUUUAUUUGAGUCAGUUUUAGAUGAACCAAUGGUUUUCUCAGAUGAUGAAGAAUCUAAACCUAUCGUUUCUACAACAACAACCGAUGCAAAUGUUGAAUUUAUUAUGCAAGAACAACAUCAGUUGCCACCAGAACCACAGACUCAUGUUGAGGACUCCAAAUCAAAGUCUAAAACGAAGAAGGGUAAAAAGGUGCCUGAACCAUCUUCACCAGUAGAACUUGAAAAAACAGAGACAAGUCAACCAGCUAUUGAAGUAAUUGAAGCAAUUACAACUGUCGUCAAACCGGGAGAAGUUCCUCAAGUUGUUGAAAAGGUUGUUUACAAAGGUUUGCCAAUUGAUGAUAGCACAUCGUUAUUUGAGAGUGUACUAGAUGAACCAAUGGUCUUCUCCGAUGAUGAAGGCACAACUGUUACUAUGACUACAACAACUACAACUAUAGUUACUACUGUUGCAACUAAUGAACUACAGUCACCAGAAAAGAAGCGAUUCUUGUAAAAGAAGAAUCAAAGAAAAGCAAGAAAAAGUCAAAGAAACAGCCAGAUAGCCCAACAUCCGAAACUAAGCCCAUUGAACCAAUUGAAGUAGUGCCCGAAGUAGUUGCUCCUCUGCCAGAAAAACAAAAUGAAGACACAAAGGA